AGUCGGCCGGUCGAUCGGCAGAGUGGUGCCUCCGGUGUACGUCGUCUUCCUCCGCUUGUUAAGCUGUUGGCUGAGGCAGGUACUUUUUUCCGGCCGAACCUGCCAGCCCACCGUCAGUCUUGGAAGAAGAAUGAAAGUGAACGGUUGAAUUUCUUCACGAAAGUGCUCGCCGCCUCGGUUACGUCGGUUAAUUUAUGUUUUCCUAUACGUGUGUGAUAUUUCCCUUCAGAGUCCGUAUCAGCGUUGCAAAUGCUUUCGUUGACUCCGAGACUCGUCGCCGUUCCGGCUCCAGCAUUGUCGUGUUGGGUGGCGAUGAUACACUGAAGCCUAGCCUGCCUAUUGAUGACUAUCAGGAGGACUUUGAGAUGUACAACAUGAUUUCAGCUAAUCAAGACAAUGGACCACAUCGGGAGAUGGCAGUUGAUGUACCUGAAUCAUUCAUAGCUCGCAACAAAACACCGCCACGAUAUCCACCACCACGCAGCACAACACAGGUAAAUCGUGUUUCCAAUGCAAUGCCACAAGUCCCGAAACACGGGAACGGGGGAGUCUCCUUGGAGCUGGAACCUCUUGACGGCUACAGCGAUAAAAAUUCAUCCUCGCUCGACAGUAGCAACGAAUUCUAUAAGAAAGGCUCCAGCAAGGGGCCCUCGUCGCUUGGGUCGACUUGCGAGUCGAUCGGGUUCGAUUCGAUCAACUAUCUGAAAUCCUCAAGAGGUUCGCUCAGUACAAGGAGCUCCUCGUCGGGGGACCUGGGCCCACCCGAAUACGAUAUCGGUCCCCAUCGUGAGCUUCCAGUAGACGUUCCGGAUAGUUUUGUUGAAGUAAUUAAGGCACCACCCCGCUAUCCACCGCCUAAAGCAUUGAUCAUAAAAGAGGUUGUCAAAAAGAAAGAAUCAUCCUCAUCCGACGAAUCUAUCGAAAAACCAAAACCGCAACCACAAGCACCAACGCGAAAUGAGCUGAAUGGGUCAGUGAAGCCGAUACCACCGCCCCGCGAUCAUCUGCGAAUAGAGAAGGAUGGUCGCCUGACGAAUCGCGCCCCGGUGCAUGCGCCACAAGUGCCAGACCGCAAGGUGGUGCCGGCCACUCCGCAGGCCCACCAGCACAUUGGCCAAGUGGUGGAACCGACGCCCGAUCAACUGAACAGCAUUAAGAAGUUUGAGGAGCAAUUGCGCAGACGACGGGAAGAGGAGGAACGAAUAGCAGCUCAGAAUGACUUCCUGCGAAACAGCAUCAGGGGUUCGCAGAAACUGCGACACUUGCAGGACAACCCGAUUGUGGAUAAACCCACCAUAGGCGUUGAUAACGAGGCCUACGCGGAAGAUGAAGAACCAGAAAAGGUCAUCGGGUAUGGGGAGCUGGUAUCGGCAUUGCAGCGAUUACAGGGUCACCUCAACAAACAUGGUUUGGCCGCACUCGCUGGUAGAGUAACGGCGGCGCAAAGCUUACUGUUGGGUCCCGGUAUUGCACGUGCUCUCGCUGCUCGGACCGCCGUUCUGGAGAGGAGACGACCACGAAUACAAAACCCCAUUUGCUCAAAUGCUCAGGCACUAGCUAAGGACUGCGUCGAAUCCCUGGCUCAGUCAAGUACACCAGCUGCAAUAGAACUAUGUGAUCUGCUCUCGACGUACGAAAUGGAAGGACUGCUGCAGGCGCACGAUCGUAUUGCGUCAACCACCGAUCGCUCGCCAGCCUUUGGAGUCAGUGCAGUCAGUCAGAAUCCUGCGGUGCCAUUGCCAUUGAACAAUAAUACGAUGACCAGCGCUACUCCGGUCAAACCGACAUCAGUUUUGCCAUCUAUUCCAAAUAAUACUAGCUUAGUUAAUAACAAUAACAAUAAUAUAGCCAAGGUAGCAUUCCUUUCUCCAAUUAGUAUUUGGAUUACUAUUACCAUUUAUUCAUUGCAGCGUGAACCUAUGAGCGUUCCUCUCGGUGUUCUGCGGGACGGAAGUCAGGAUCAUAUACGAAUAAUACAAAUCGAGAAAUCUUCAGAACCCCUGGGGGCUACCAUUCGGAACGAAGGAGAAGCCGUAGUUAUAGGCCGAGUUGUACGCGGAGGAGCAGCGGAGAAGUCAGGACUUCUGCACGAGGGGGAUGAACUGCUCGAAGUGAAUGGCAUUGAAAUGCGUGGGAAAUCGAUUAAUGAUGUUUGUGCACUGCUCAGUGCAAUGACAGGGACCCUCACGUUUCUCGUGGUGCCCGCCAGUAGACCUCCAUUGGAUCCAACAGUACGUGGAGGAACACGCACUGGAUCAUGCGCCGUAUUACACGUUAGAGCACACUUCGACUACGAUCCGGAGGAUGAUCGAUAUAUACCGUGCCGAGAGCUUGGCAUCAGUUUUCAGAAGGGAGACGUAUUACAUGUGAUAUCCCGGGACGAUCCAAACUGGUGGCAAGCGUAUCGAGAAGGAGAAGAAGAUCAAACUCUGGCCGGUUUGAUACCCAGUCAGUCGUUCCAGCACCUGUGUGAAUCCAUGAAAUUGGCCAACGCCGGUGAAGUCGGUUUGAGGGCACGUCGGGAUGCCAAUGGAAAAGCUGGUGGAUUCACACUACUUUGCGCCCGAAAGGGACAGAAGAAGAAAAAGAAGGCCAGUAGCGAACACGGUUAUCCUUUGUACGCCACUGCCACCGCCGAAGAUCCGGAACCGGAAGAAAUCCUAACGUACGAGGAAGUUGCCCUGUACUAUCCACGUGCAUCUCACAAACGGCCGAUAGUGCUCAUCGGUCCGCCCAACAUUGGACGACACGAGCUUCGACAAAGGCUGAUGGCCGAUUCGGAACGAUUUGCUGCUGCCAUUCCUCAUACAUCCCGUCCUCAGCGCGAGGGGGAAAUUCCUGGACAGGACUAUCACUUCAUUUCAAGACAGCAGUUUGAAGCCGAUAUACUUGGCAGGAAGUUCGUCGAACAUGGCGAAUACGAGAAGGCGUAUUACGGUACAUCUUUAGAGGCGAUUCGAGCGGUGGUAGCUAGUGGAAAGAUAUGUGUGCUGAACCUUCAUCCCCAGAGCCUAAAACUCCUGCGUUCCUCAGAUUUGAAACCCUACACCGUUCUGGUGGCGCCACCAAGUUUAGAGAAGCUUCGCCAGAAGCGACUACGCGCCGGUGAACCGUACAAGGAAGAGGAACUGAAGGAGAUCAUCGCCACGGCACGCGACAUGGAAGCACGAUGGGGCCACUUGUUCGACAUGAUUAUAAUCAACAAUGACACGGAGCGAGCCUAUCAUCAGCUUCUCGCCGAAAUAAACUCCCUCGAACGAGAACCACAAUGGGUGCCAAGUAGCUGGCUGCAUAACUAAUUAUUAGAGGUCAGUGAUCCAUUUUCUACUUAAAUUACUUUUUUUGUUGUUUGUAAAGGAAAAGAUACUAUCGUUUAAGUCUGAUAUACUGAAUAGUGAGCGUACGGAUAAAUUAUCGUAAUUUAUGUAAGUAGAUACCUAGGAACAAAAAACAAGCAUUCCAAUAGAAGAACAAACAUGUCCAAUGCAUAUAUAACACUUGGAAUGACGAAACUUGAUGAUUACUGAAAAUCAAAACACGUUUAUAGGAAGGUUGCAAAUAAAACCCAAUUAAUAGUUAAGCAAAGUUGUUAUUUUCGUUUUUAAAAACAGAGUAUAAAAGAUUUAUUUUGUAUUUAGAUCAUUUCCUGUAAAAAUACAUAGAAAGAUUGUUUUAUAUGUAAAUUUUAUUUAUCAGUCCAUAUUCUUGUACAAUUAUGGAGGAAAAACUGAACACAAUAAAAGCAAUUUCUAAAUGUUAUAAAACAAACUUAAAAAUAGUCAACUCAAAAACCCCUUACAUAAUUCAAUGAAAGUAACGCAUUACAAUAUUUGAUCAAAGCAAAAUCGCAAGAAAAAAAUAUAAAAAUCCAUGAUCCGGUUCUAAAAUAAUGGGAAUAACAAAAAUAUUCGUGUUCACAAUUUACUCUAGACAAAGGAACAUCAUACUAGCGAUAACUAGCAGUAACAAAUUGAAACAAAAGGAAAAAAACACAAAACAAAACAUAGAAAAACCAGCUUAAAUUCAUCCACAAAGAGUUUAAAAUCGAUAUUUUUGAUACGUAUUCAAGUGAAGUCGAGAAUCGUUUGCAGUUAGCUGCCGAUUAGUUUGCGACAUUAAAGUACAUUCUCUCCGGUCCGAUAAAACCGCCUUCGAAAACAAAAAUGAAUAAAAAAUGAGUAAUAUGGAAGUAAGAGGAAUCAAGAAAAUAUUAUUACGCUCAAUAUUAUGCAUGUAUAGUCGUAAUAACGAAUAAUAAACCACCAGAGAAAUGAAGAAAAGAUGAUAACCAAAA